AUGGAUCACCGUCCGCAAGCAUGGGGCCGUCCUAGAGACGACGUCUACGGCGCCUACGAUCACUCAUAUCUCCAGGAGAAUGCCCCCAGAACGCACACGCAGCAGCCCAUUGUCACAGGAACGUCUGUGAUUGGCGUCAAGUACAAGGACGGCGUCGUCGUCGCCGCUGAUAACCUGGCUUCCUACGGCUCCCUCGCGCGCUUCACCGACGUCAAGCGCCUCAAGACGUUCCAGGGCACCUCGGUCGUUGGCUUUUCCGGCGACAUCUCCGACAUGCAGUACCUGGACCGGCACCUGACGGACCUCGCCCUCGACGAGGCCUACUCGUCGGGCGAGACGCCCCGCCUCAGCGCCGCCAACCUGCACCGCUACCUCGCCAAGCUGCUCUACAACCGCCGCUCCAAGUUUGACCCGCUCUGGAACCACCUGCUCAUCGCCGGCCUCGACGACGACCAGCAGCCCUUCCUCGCCGCCGCCGACCUCCUCGGCACCACCUACUCGAGCCCCUCGCUCGCCACCGGCUACGGCGCCAUGCUCGCCCAGCCCAUCAUGCGCCGCCGCGUUCCCGACGAGGAGUCCACCAAGACGCUGGAGAAGGAGGAGGCCGUCGAGCUCAUCAAGGAGUGCAUGAAGGUGCUCUUCUACCGCGACGCCCGCAGCAUGGACACCUACUCCAUGGCCAUUGUCACCAAGGACGGCGUCGACGUCACGUACGAUAACAAGCUGGAGAACCAGAGCUGGGCGUUUGCCGAGAGAAUCCGCGGCUACGGAACCCAAACAGUCUAA